CACAAGACAGCGUUUGGCCCCCUGUGCGCUCAUCUCACUCAGCUCCUGGGCUCCGGGGGGUGGCUGUCCACCUCCCUCCCCAGGUGGCCUGUCCUGGGGCGAGGGUGGGCGAGGAGUCCCAGCUCGCGGAACCUGGGUGCCACCUCCGGGCCCAGCCGCUUUCAUCCUGGUCCCUCAGGUGGGGCACUGCUGGCUGGGCGUCAGCCGCAGCCUGGGUGCAGCCCCUCUGCCACCCCACCCCCCGCCUCCCAUGUCCUUUCCCUGGUGAGGGUCUCCUGAGAGCAGGGACGGGUCCACCCUUACACAGCACAGCACAGAGGAUCGACGGAAACCAGCCUCGCCGAUGCCAAGCGAGCAUGAGGCUCUGAAGCCGAGGAGCGACAGCUCGAGGCCGUCCCUGCCAUGGUGCAGCCGAGUCCAGGCCAGGAUGCGGAGACCCAGCCUGCUGCUGAAGGACCUCCUCAAGUGCUCCCUGCUUGUGCUCGGCGUGUGGCUGCUCUACGUCCUCAAGCUGAGCUACACCACGGACCAGUGCGGUGGCGGGAGGAUGCCCCAGCCGGACCCCGAGCACACCAAGAGGGCGCAGAGGUUCGCGCGGCGAGUCCUGCGGGAGGAGUGCCGGCCCGCCUUCGCCCGGACGGCCAUGGCGCUGCUCUUCGAGCAGCGGUACAGCGCGGACCUGGCGCCCUUCCUGCAGAAGGCCCCCGACGCCCGCGGGGCCGAGUACGAGUACGACCCUCCCUUUGGGUUCCGCGCGUUCUCCGGCAAAGUGCAGAGCCUUCUGGAGACGCUGCCCGAGCACGGCCUGCCGGGACACUGGACGGCCGCGGCCUGCCGGCGCUGCGUGGUCAUCGGCAGCGGAGGGAUCCUGCACGGACUCGGGCUGGGCCCCGCCCUGAACCAGUUCGACGUUGUGAUAAGGUUAAACAGCGCGCCUGUUGAGGGGUAUUCUGAGCAUGUUGGAAAUAAGACCAGUAUACGGAUGACCUAUCCAGAGGGCGCACCACUGUCUGACGCCGACUAUCAUGCCACCGACCUGUUUGUUGCUGUUUUAUUUAAGAGUGUUGAUUUUAACUGGCUUCAAGCAAUGGCGAAAAAUGAAACCCUGCCAUUUUGGGUGCGACUCUUCUUUUGGAAGCAGGUGGCAGAAAAAAUUCCGCUGCAGCCCAGGCAGUUCAGGAUUCUGAAUCCAGUGCUCAUCAAAGAGACGGCCUUCGACAUCCUGCAGUUCGAGGAGCCUCGGUCCAGGCUCUGGGGCCGAGACAAGAACGUCCCCACGAUGGGUGUGGUGGCCGUCAUCCUGGCCACUCACCUGUGCGACGAGGUCAGCCUGGCGGGUUUCGGAUACGAUCUCAGCCGGCCCCGAACGCCCCUGCACUACUUCGACAGCCAGUGCAUGGCCGCCAUGAACUUGCAGACCAUGCACAACGUGACCACGGAGACCAGGCUGCUCCUGAGGCUGGUCAAGGAGGGAGUGGUCACGGACCUCACCGGGGGCAUCCACUGUGAGUUCUGAGCACGCAGACCUCGCCAGAGGGGCGACGGGACAAGAGGGCUGUGCCUUCUCCGUGAAGUUCGUCCUGCAAUAUUCGAAGAGCAGUUGGUAUUCUUAACUCUUAACUUAAGACAAAAGAUGCCCAGCUCUUCCCACUGUUUUCCCUAUUUAUUUGAAGUCAGUGUUUGUUUUUGCACAAUGUUUUAUAAGUUAAGUUCAAGAAUGGAAAGACUUUUCAAAGAGAAUUGUAUGAAAUGAUGUUUCAUUGUGUUUUUUAGAAAGUGAUUUAGUCUGUAAACGCUCUGGCCAUGUCGCCUGCGCGUCGAAUACCAGGUCACGAGGUGAAGGAGGUCCUGCUCCUGAAGCCCUCGUGAGCGCCCCGCUCUGCUCCUCUGCUCUGGUGGAACGGCUCCCAGGAGGGUGUGCCAGGCCCUGGGCCGCUGCAGCCCCAGAGGCCGGGACAGUGCAGCCCCACUCUGUCGGCCCGUCCUCUGCACGAGACUCGAGAAUCCCCGGAAGCUGUGCUGGGGGCCCUGGGGGAAGGGACCUGGGACUCAGCCCUGCCCUCUGAGUGCCGUCAAGCCGCCCAAGCUGCAGAGGCCCGGGCCCUCCCAGCAGCGGAGAUGGUGCUGAGCCUUCUUGAGACUGUUUUCAGGGCCCUUCCAAAGCACUUAAGUUCUGUGAGAUGUCUGCUGCUGAGGUGGCUUAUGAAAACCAGGACAGAGCCUCUGUUUUCCCGUGUCGGGGGCGAUACACCUUCUCAGGAACACUCACGUUUUCUGAAAUGCUGAAAUGAAAUCUCCCAGUGUUAUAUUAUUUCCUUAUUAAAUUUUUUUUUAAAAAGUUG